AUGCGUGGUUCCCUGCGCCACCGAGCCCCAGUUCGCUUACCUGUGGUCCGCACCCCUCCGCUCCGCCACUGGAUGCCGAUCUUUACGGGGACCCAGGAGCCCACGAAAUGGGUGUUCCCAGCCGCAAUGGCGAGCCCUGAGAGCACAGCCGGGACCCCCGCCCCUGACGCGCCGCCCAGGUGCGCCCCGCCCCCACGCCUACUUCCAGGAGAGGCGCGCGGGCCUUGCCACUGCCGCCAG